AUGUCUCCGAUCUCCAUUCUUCUUCCCAUAGUGUCCCUUCUGUCAUGUUUUAUUUCCACUGCCUGUGCAAAAUAUAUUAAAACUGAUUCAUUGCUUACUUGUAUGCAGAACUCUGAAUUUUCCAGUUCGUAUUUUGAGGUUAUUUAUUAUCCUGCCAACAAGUCCAUCUACUACCAGAUCGAUGGUACAUCUUCGAUCUCCGGUAAAGUUGCUGCCUCCGUUGAACUUAUUGUCUACGGUUUGAACGUUUAUGAGACAACCAUCAACCUUUGUGAUUUCGACGUCGAUACCAUAUGUCCUCUUACGGCUGGACACUUGGAUAUUUCUGGUACUUAUAAGAUUGAUUCCGAUGACAUCCCUGAUAUCCCUGCUGUUGCCUAUGGCGUUCCUGAUUUGGAUGCCUAUGUUCAGGUCCACAUCUACAAACUCAAUAGCAGUGGAAAGGUUACAAAAACAGAGGUUGCCUGUCUUCAGGCCACCUUAACAAAUGGUAAAACCGUUCAAACAAAGUACGCCGCUUGGCCUAUUGCCUGUAUUUCAGGUUUUGGUCUUGUAGUGUCGUCCAUUUUCUCUCUAUUCGGUCAUUCCACUACUGCAUGGCAUAUCGCAUCAAAUGCCGCUUCUUUGUUUAUAUAUUUUCAAAGUUUGGCCACCAUUGCUAUGAUGGGUGUUGCUAAAGUGCCCCCUAUUGCUGCUGCUUGGGCUCAGAAUUUCAUGUGGACUUUAGGUAUCGUCAAGGUUGAUUUUAUGCAGGAUAUGUUAUAUUGGUAUAUCCAGUCCACUGGUGGUACUGUCUCUUCUAUUCUUACAAACCAGUCAGUUAUUUCCAUUGCUGUUCAGAAAAUGGUUCGACGUAUGGCUAGAAGUCUUUUCAAAAGAGCCGUUACCGUUGCAACUGGUUCUGCUACUGAUGUGUUAGAAGACUCUAAUUUAUACACCACUGAUGAGCAAAAUGUUGGUUCCAAGAUUUUGGUUCUUCGAGGUAUCAAGCGUGUGGCAUACUUAUCCGGAAUCGAAAUUUCAAACAUAUUCAUGACCAGUAUGGUUUAUUUCUUGUUCGUGGGCUUUGUUAUGAUCAUUCUCAUCGGUUUUUUCAAAGCUCUCGUUGAAAUUCUUUUCAGAACCAACUGUUUGCACAGUCCAAGAUUCAAUUGGUUUAGACAGCAUUGGGUUCCCAUCAUUAAGGGUCUUUUGUUUCGUCUAUUCCACAUUACUUUUACCCAGAUAACCUUGAUGUGCAUUUGGGAGUUCACUAGAAACGAUUCUGCCGGUUGUAUCGCCUUUGCAGUGAUCAUUGCACUUGUCAGUUGGGCAUUGAUGUGCUACGCAACCUAUCGUAUCUUCAUGGCCGGACGUCGCUCGCAGAGGGAGCAAGGAAAUCCCGCAUACUUCCUCUUUGGUGAUGCAAAGUUUUUAAGUCGGUUUGGAUUCAUGUAUACCCAGUACAAAGCAGGAAAGUAUUACUGGCUUCCAGUCUUGUUGUUCUUCCUAUUUGUGCGUGCUUUACUCAUAGCUGUCUUGCAAUCGCAUGGUAAGGUAUGUGCUGUGAUGAUCUUUGCUAUAGAGCUCAUCUACGCCGCUGUGGUGAUCUGGAAGAGACCUUUCAUGGAUAAGAGAACCACUGUGUUCAAUAUCUUUAUUGCUGUCGUCAAUCUCGUUAACUCGAUCAUUUUCCUUUUCUUUUCCAAUGUUUUCAACAACCCACAGGUUGUUUCCUCCGUUGCAGCUAUUGUCUUCUUCAUUUUAAACGCUGUGUUUGCCUUGAUCUUACUCAUCAUGAUUAUUGUUUCAUGCACAUUAGCACUUGUUCACAGAAAUCCUGAUUCUAGAUAUGGACCUUUCAAGGACGACCGUGCAGCAUUCGUUGCCGUGCCUGAGGAUCGUAAAAGUAAAGUGGAGUAUGAACUUGAGGAGCUCGGUGCUGCUGCCAUGAGAGGUCAUAAAAGUGUCAGUAUGUUACCAGAAGCGGGUGAUCCAGAAUCUAAGUUGGCUACAGAGAGUAGUCUGACUAACAAUUAUAGUUCAUCAACAAACCCAUUUGAUGUGGAUGGGGAUGCUGCGUACGGGAACAAUAACAGCAGCAGUAACAACAACAACAACAGCAAUGGUCAGAAUGAGGGUUCAGAGUUGCAUUUUACCAGUGGAAAUGCACAUAAUAAUGGUGAAACUGGCUACUCCUCUAAUUACAACUGGAAUUACGAUACUGGCUACAACAACAAUAACAGUGCGAGGACUCGUGCAAACGAAACCGCUUCCGGCUCCUCCGGACAUUUAUACAACGCCCAAGGAUUUCAUAAGAGAAGUGUAAUAUGA